CAUUCUCUUGUCUCUUGCACCUCCCCGGGCCCCGGACAGCUUCGUGCUUGGUCGUUUCUUCCGCCUGUGACUUGUCAGAUCCACUCCACUCCACUCCAGCGUCUGCACAGCAAUGGCGCUGCCCGCUCGAUUUCGUCUUCGUGUCCUUGCGCUUCUCGCGCUCGCGGCUGUUGCUGCCCCCGCUGGCCGAGGCCGGCCUGCCUCCGGGAAGAGUGCCGUGCUCUCUCUGCGGGAGCUGGAGGAAUGGGGUGCCUUGAGGAAUGCCCGUAGCCGCCGCUACGCUGACGCAGAGCGUGCUGAAACGCUAGGGGAGCACAAGAAAGCGGGAGCAGCAAGAACAGCGACCACCGUGCUAGAGCUGAAGCACCACUCCCUCACCGCCAUCCCCGACGACCUCACCACCCGGGAUCGCUACCUCCGCCGCCUCCUCGCUGCCGACGAAGCGCGUGCGAAUUCACUGCAGCUGCGCAACAGAGCAGCAGCGUCCACGCAGUCCGGCUCCUGGCAGGCGGCGACGCCCGAGGUCCCGCUAUUCUCCGGCAUCCGAUUCCAGACGCUUAACUACGUCGCGACCAUCGUGCUCGGCGGCAGCUCCGGCGCCGCCGCCAACCUCACCGUCAUCGUGGACACCGGCAGUGACCUCACAUGGGUGCAGUGCAAGCCCUGCUCCGCGUGCUACGCGCAGCGCGACCCGCUUUUCGACCCCGCCGGCUCCGCUACCUACGCCGCCGUCCCGUGCAACGCCUCCGCGUGCGCGGCCUCCCUCAAGGCGGCCACCGGCAUGCCGGGAUCCUGCGCUACGACCGGCGGAACCAGCGAGAAGUGCUACUACGCGCUGGCCUACGGCGACGGGUCGUUCAGCCGGGGCGUGCUCGCCAUGGACACGGUCGGCCUCGGCAGGGCCAGCCUCGACAGCUUCGUGUUCGGGUGCGGGCUCAGCAACCGCGGCCUGUUCGGCGGCACGGCGGGGCUCAUGGGCCUCGGCCGCACGGAGCUGUCGCUGGUCUCCCAAACGGCGUCCCGGUUCGGCGGUGUGUUCUCCUACUGCCUGCCGGCGACAACCACGGGCAACGCCUCGGGCUCCCUCUCCCUCGGCGGCGACACGUCGUCCUACCGCAACACGACGCCCAUCGCCUAUACCCGCAUGAUCGCCGACCCGGCGCAGCCUCCGUUCUACUUCCUGAACGUCACCGGCGCGGCCGUCGGCAGGACCCCCGUGGCCGCGCAGGGGCUGGGAGCCAGCAACGUGCUCAUCGACUCCGGCACGGUGAUCACGCGCCUGGCGCCGUCCGUGUACCGCGCCGUGCGCGCCGAGUUCACGCGCCAGUUCGGCGCCGCGGGAUACCCUGCCGCCCCGGGGUUCUCGAUCCUCGAUACGUGCUACGACCUAACGGGGCACGACGAGGUGAAGGUGCCGCUGCUGACGCUGAGGCUGGAGGGCGGCGCCGAAAUGACCGUGGACGCGGCCGGGAUGCUGUUCGUGGUGAGGAAGGACGGGUCCCAGGUGUGCCUCGCCAUGGCGAGCCUCUCGUACGAGGACCAGACGCCUAUCAUCGGCAACUACCAGCAGAAGAACAAGAGGGUGGUGUAUGACACGGUGGGGUCAAAGCUAGGCUUCGCUGACGAGGACUGCAGCUAUGUAUAGAACUUGACGAGGAUGAUAGGCCGUUCGUUCUGUUUUAAAUUAAGGUCGUAUUAUCGUCCUGAAAUUAUCUGAGAUUAUUUGUCAGUUCCUUUAAA